AUGAGUAGCAACAAUCCGAGCAAGCCAUGGUUGCCUCGAGCCGCAGCCCCGGAAAUCAUAUUUUACAACGCCAAUGUCGUGGAUGUGGACGCAGGCGACAUUAUUUCUAACUCUGUGGUGCAUAUCAAGAACGGACGUAUCGUGGAAGUAUCGUCUGGCGAUGUGGCGACGCCUCCAGGUGCAGUGGAUCUAGAAGGCCAGUAUAUCUGCCCUGGAUUGAUCGACUGUCACGUACACAUUACGGCAACUCCGGGAUCUCCAUCUCUUAAGGAUAUGUUUUCUGCAAGCCCAAAUACCAUCGCGUAUCGAUCAACCUUUGUUGCACGCGAGAUGCUACUUCGAGGAUUCACCACGGUCCGCGACACCGGUGGCGCCGAUUACGCUCUGCGUGAAGCGAUAGAGGAAGGCUUGGUUGCAGGUCCACGGCUAUUUAUCGCUGGCAAAGCACUCUCGCAGACAGGCGGUCACGGGGAUUUGCGCGCCAAUUAUCAGGGAUCUGAGUAUAAAUGCUGUGGUGGGCACACCCCGGAGCUAGCACGAGUAUGCAAUGGUGUCCCCGAGUGUUUGGAGGCUGCCCGGGACGAGCUCAGGCAAGGAGCAAACUUCUUAAAGAUAAUGUGCGGUGGUGGUGUAGCGACACCAUCGGAUGCGCUUGAUAUGCUGCAGUUUACCGCGGAAGAGAUUCGUGCGAUCACGACGACUGCCAAGCAGUCCAAGACCUACGUUACGGCACAUGCCUACACUGUGGAUGCUAUCCGCCAUGCCGUUGAUAAUGGUGUUCGAGGCAUCGAGCACGGGAAUUUCAUCGAUGAGGAAACUGCGGCGUAUUGUGCCAAAUUGGGCGUUGUCUUUACUCCAACCUUGGUAACUUAUUAUGGCAUGUCCAAGCCACCCUUUGACAAGUUCCUGGAUGACUUCAGCCAGGCCAAAAAUCGACAAGUUCUAGCCAGUGGUCUAGAAGCUUUGUCAAUUUUGCACAAAGCAGGGGCGUCGAUAUGCUAUGGCUCCGAUCUCUUGGCUGGGUUACAUCCUCUUCAAAACCAAGAAUUUUCGAUUAGGUCAGGCGUUCUGAGUUCAAAGGAUAUCUUGAAAUCUGCUACUGUGAAUGCAGCACGGUAUCUGGGGAUGGAAGGUCAACUCGGGUGCAUAAAAGAAGGCAGUAUUGCGGACAUGCUGAUUCUGACAUCUAAUCCUUUGGAAGACAUCACGGUGCUCGAUCGCAUUCAGGAUAACCUUGUAGCUAUUCUCAAAGAUGGUCGUGUUGUUUCUAAAAAUGUGGACUGGCUAUCGGUUGAUCCCUUAUAUGAUACUCACCACAUCCAGGACUAG